GUGAAAGUGAAAGUAGAAAAAGCAGAGUGGGAGCGCAGGGAGAAAAGACUCACAGGACGGGGGUCUGCUAGAUCAAAGUGAUUUUAUUCUUCACUUAAUUCUCUUCUAACAACAUGGAAGUGCGGACAACAGGGAGCCAAUCAGCAGGAAGCAUGCCAAAGGAAGAGACCAGCAACACGUGGAUCAAACUGAAAGGCCCUGCUGCAGAAUCAUUGUCAAAAGCUUUCUUUGGGCCAGCUGUUGUAGUUUUGCAGGAAAACAAGGGAGCGAGAAGAGUAGCAGAAGCAGCAGAAGAAGACACAGCAAUAGUGCCAACAGCACCAGUACGAGAGGCUGAAGGAGGAGGUGCAGUCACAACUGGAAGAGGAGGAACAACAGUGUCAGUGUCCCCAGCGAGGAUUGUCAUUGCAGGAACAUCUGGAGCUGGGAAAAGUAUCAAAGUGCUAAAAACAUACAGGAUUGUCCUGCUGGGAAGAACUGGAGCAGGGAAAAGCAGCCUAGCAAACACCAUAUUUGGAGAGGAUGUGUUCAAGAUUAAGCAUUCCUCCACCUGUGGAACAAGAGAAUGUCAAGCAGAAUCCAAAUCUGUUCAUGGACGAAGAAUUACCCUGGUUGACACUCCUGAUUUCUUUCAUACAGACAGACCUGAGGAGGAGCUGAAGCGUGAGAUAGUGAGGUGUAUCACAGAGUGCACUCCUGGGCCUCAUGCUUUUUUCAUUGUACUUAAAGUGGGAACAUUCACCAAGUAUGACGAAGCUGUCGUCACAAAAAUGUUUCAUUAUUUUUCUGAGGAAGCUUUGAAGUAUGUGACUGUUGUCUUCACUCAUGGUGACCUGCUCCCAGAGGGAGUCAAAAUUGAGGAGUUUGUUAAUCAGAUUAAAUGUCUCAGCGACCUGGUGAAGAAGUGCGGUGGCCGAUGCCAUGUCGUUGAUAAUAAACACUGGAAAAACAACCAACGGGAUGAAUACAGGAGCAACUGGUUCCAGGUGGCAGAGCUGCUCAACACAACAGACAAGAUACUGAUGAAAAACAAAGGAGGCUGCUACACCAAUGAGAUGCUAAAAGCAGUGAGCAGAGUAAUACAGGAAAAGAGCAACAGAACAGCCUUAGGAAACAUGCCACAAGGACACACCAGCAGUAAGGCUGACAGUAGUGUCUCCAAAAAUGUGUGGAUCAAAUUAACAGGCCCUGCAGCAGAAUCCUUGGUGAAGACCUUUCUCCACACGCCUGUCAUAGAUUUGAGGGGAACUGCGGGAGAAAAUGGAGAAGUAAAGGAGGAAGUAGAAGAGGCAACAGAAACAGAAGAAGAGGCAACAGAAACAGAAGAUGAGGCAGAGGAAGCAGCAACAGAAACAGAAGACGAAGCAGAGGAGGUAGCAACAGGAACAGGAAUCGAAGCAGAGGAAGCAGCAACAGGAACAGCAGACGAAGCAGAGGAGGCAGCAACAGAAACAGAAGAUGAAGCAGAGGAAGAAGCAACAGAAAAGGAAGACGAAGCAGAGGAAGCAGCAACAGGAACAGGAGACGAAGCAGAGGAGGCAGCAACAGAAGACAAAGCAGAAGAAGCAGAAAAAGAAGAAGUUGCAACAGAACCAGAAGCAGCUACAGAAAAGGAUGCAGGAGAAGUAACAGAAAGAAAGACAGCAAAACAAGGACAACAAGCAGGAGGUGGCGGAUUUCUAGGUAGUCUAUUUGGGUCAUUUUUUGGGAUUGUAGCUGCAGCAGGGGGUGUAGCAGUGGCAAUGGUCGGAGCAGCAGCAGCAGGAGUAGGAAUAGGAGCAGCAGCAGCAGCAGGGGGUGUAGCCACAGCAGUAGGAGGAGCAGCAGCAGGAGGGGGAGGGGCAGCAGCAGGAGGAGGAGCAGCAGCAGCAGAAGGAGGAGCAGCAGCAGCAGGAGGGGGAGGGGCAGCAGGAGGAGGAGGAGCAGCAGCUGCAGGAGAAGCAGCAGCAGGAGGAGGAGCAGCAGCGGCAGGAGGUGGAGCAGCAGCUGCAGGAGUAAGAAUAGGAGCAGCAGCAGUAGUAGGAGGCAUAAUAGCAUGGGUAACAUCAAAACUUUACUCAAUUUAUUUAUUUGUUAAAGGCUUUCUAAAGGACCUGCAACAACAUAGCGGAAUCAUAUUGCUGGUGGCUGUCUUCUACUUAAUGCUGCUACUGUCAUUCUGGGAGCAAGUACGAAUGUUUGGGGUAAUAUUACUGUGUUUGUUGUUAGUGUUACUAUUACUGCUUAGCUAGUACUAUCACAGAAAUAUCUAACCAUCAGGUAUACAACAACCCAACUUCUGUGAAUGGUAAAAUAUAGCAAUUACUUUGGAAGGAAAACAAACAAAAUCCUUUGGCUUGAUAAUGGUGCUGUAACCAGUGAUGACCAAAUGAAGCCUCGUGAACCACUGUCUUUAUUUUCUGACCCCACCAGAUGGCGCUCUUGGUUUAAAUAUAAAGGCUGAGGGACUUGCAAUGAAGUGUGCUUUCAAGUCUCAGAGAAUACAGGGAGGAAAAAAAGUGAAAUACAGUAGUAUGGAUAUCAAUUUUUUUUCUAUAUUGAAGCAACCCCUAAAACAGCUCAUAUGGAAAUAAUUUUAUUAGGAAUGAUUUGAAAUAAUAUUAAUAAAGUCAUAAAGUCUGAAUAAAUGUACCAGCCCUACAUAUAUGUGACUGAUCCAGGGGUACUAAAGAUGUUAUAAAUCCAGUUGUCGGCUUAUUAUCAGUGGUAAAGAUGUGAGCUCACGGAAAAAUAUUAAAUUAUCAAAAGUGACAAAGCAGCGCCCUGAAUAAGAUGUUAACAACUUGCAGAAACAUUGCGUAUAGUAGACCUAGUUCACUUUCUACCAAUUUAAUUUAGUUGACAAAUACUAUGACGAAAAUUAUUCGUCAACAAAGUCUUUUCCAUUAGAAAAAUGAGAUGAUGAGCUAAAAAUAGAUCAUGACAAUAAAAACUAAGACGAAGUCUAUUUUCCCUUUUCGUUGAUGAGACGUGCUUGCAAUGCCAUAUAAGCAACAGGUAAAAUAGUAGUAAAUAGUCUGCACCAGGAUGUUUUGCUAGACAACAAAAACACUCACAUCGGUGCAGCCUCAGCCAUCAACGAGAGUUGUGAGCUAAUUCAAUAGUAAAUAAUCAGCCGUGUGUGUCUGACUGUGAAGCUGUUGAAUGGAUUUGUGGAGUUUGUUUGUUGCAAUGCUGGCUGUCAGCAGCUCCGCUUGUUAGACACUAAAUGGCAGCAGAGCAAGCAGCCACAUGUGGCUGGUCUUUACAUCUGAUCCCCGCAGGACUCCACUCAGUCCAGACUGUCUUGGGAAGGUUCAUGGUUUGAUGCUGUUUGACAGGCAGGUAGGAGGCUCAGUUAUCUGUGAGCGUAGCUGUGCUAUAAGUCUACAGUCUGAAGUAAACAGUUUGGUUCUAAUUUGUAAUACAUGAUUUACAUGAAGUAAUGACUAAAAGUUGACAAAAAUGUCUUGAAUUUUUGUCAACUACAACUAGACUAAAGCUAUGAAGGAUUAAAAAUGAUCACAAUGUGACUAAAACUGAGACUAAAUCUAAUAGCUGCCAAAAUUAACACUGCGGCACUCAGUCUGUGAUGUCUUUGUGUCUCUGUCCUCACUCUUGAUUUGUGCUACUAUAAUCAUAAUAAUGAAUAUAAUGCGGCUCUGGUUGGGUUCAGGUGGUUGAUUAACCCAUAGUUUGCUGUUUGCUAGCUCUUACUGAACUUUUUCUUUCACAUUAUCUUAUUUACCAUUUUAUUUUUUAAUCAUUAACAUAAGAGAUUUAAUCAAUUCAUUGUUGUAUCACUUUGCCACACCUCUUUCUAUGUUCAUUAAAUAAUCACGUAUAUUAUUUUCUGUUUUAUAUUCUCUACUUUAUAAUUUAAAAAAGUGAGUUGUGGAGAAAAUGUGUUUAUUUCUUGAUUUUUUUUUUUAUCUGAAUAUGUUAUACAUUUAUCCAAGCAUUCGAAGAAACUGAAGAAAACAGUGACAUUUUUCUUGUAGCUGAUGUGCAGCUUUUUAAAAUGCAACAGAGCUUGUGCCUUUUUAUGAAUGCAAAACAUUUGCAUAACAAAAGACGUACACUGAGUUUUUAGAGUACUGUUUGCUUUUAACAGGGUCAGUGUUGCUACAGUUUGUCAAAAUACUAUUUUAUAGUGGAAUUUUAACUGAUGUAAAUGGAUUAAAGUGCAGAAUAACAGGAUUAAUGGAAGGGAGAGAGGGAUAGUGGUGUACAACAAAAGAACUGUUGAAUGAAAUGAUACUCUGAAACUGAUGGAUGAAGACUUCGUGACACAUCAGAGAAUGAUUUUCCAUUUUAUUCUCAUAAUCCUUUGUAUUCUAAAAACUUUCUGAUCAAAUGUAAAAACCACAUCAAACAAUAAAACAAUGGAUUAGACUCAAA